AUGUUUAAACAAUUAAGUCAGUUGAGUAAGAAUCUCACAGAUGAGUUACAAAAGGGGCUCACCGAUGAAAGUUUUAUGAAUGAUUCUACAAAUACUUCAAAUAACAAGAUUGAUGAAACAGUAUUUGCAGAUGGUACAAAAUUUAUUGAUUUGCCAAAGGAUGUUCAAGGAAAAUUACGUAAAUUUGAUAAAUAUGAAUCAAAAUACCCUUUAUUAUUAAAUGCUUAUAAAAAUGAAAAGGGUAAAACUUUAAAAUUUGAAUCUAUAAGAAAAAUUUUGACAGAAAAUACACCAAUUUCUGAUAUUAAUGAUAUUGAAGAAACUUUACCUGCUUUUUUUCAAGAUAUUACUAAUAGAACUUCAAUCCUAAAUGAUGAAUUAAAGAGACUAAAUAAAGUUAAGAAUGAAAAUAUAGAAUUAAAGAAGAAAUUACAAGAGUUGGAAAAUAUAAAAUCUGAAGAGAAUGAAACUGUAAUUGAUAAUGAUAAAUCUUUAAAUGAAAAUGAGGAGCUAGAAGCUGCUCGUAAUGAGAUAACUAAUUUAAAUGGAUCUAUAACAAAAUAUGAAGCAGAUGUCAAGAAGAUGGAUGCCAAAGUCGAACUAAUGGAAAAAGAAUUACUUGAAAAGACUGACGAUUGUAAGAAAUUGGAAUCACAAAUUCAAGAAAAUGUUACAGAAUUGGAGGAUACAAAGAAACAGUUGAAAGAAAAAGAAAGCAUAAUAGUAGAUUUAAAAGAAGAUGUCAGUUCUAAGGACAAACUUAUAGAAUCUUUUAAAGUGGACAUCGCAUCAAAAGAUGGUACUAUCCAAUCCUUACAAAAUAGUAUAAAGAACGACUCUGAGGCACCUGUACUAAAGGAAACUGAUUCCCCUUCUGAUAAACUUGAACCUACGAAUAAUAACUCAAAGAAAAAUAAGAAAAAGAACAAAAAGAAGAAGCAGCAGCAGCAGCAGCAGCAGCAAGUUCCUCCAUCAAUACCAGCUGUAAACGUAAUAGAACAAAACAAUUCAGAAGAAUUCGAUGGUCUAAAGCUGAAAUAUGAAUCAUUAGAGAAACAAUAUGAGUCUCUAAAGACCGAACAUUCUCAUUGCGAGGAAUGGGAAAAUAAAUUUAACAUCCUAAAGGAAGAGUCUGAUAAGCAAGCUGACGAUCAAUCUCUCAGUGAAUUACAAAAAGAAUAUGACGAUAUCAAUGGACAGUUAAUCCUUGCCAAACAAUCUCUGAAAAAUAAAGACACUGAAAUAGAAGAAGUUAGAGAUAUGCUAAGGGAUGUUGGUAAUGAACUUGUUGAUGCUAAAGACCAAUUAAAGGAAUCAUCCCAAGUAGAAAAGGUCAAUGAUGAGACCAAGAAACAAAUAGAGAUGCUGAAGAGGACUAAUGAACUCUCUGAAAAGAAAAUAAAAGAAAUAGAUACAGUACGUGCAACUCUUCAAAAGAAUAUUGCUCAAUUGACUUCGGAGAAAGAAGAAUUAAAUAUUAAGUUUAAGAAAAUUCAAAAUGAAAACACAACUAUGAUCAAUGAUUUAAAAGAAUACAAAAAUAUCAAAAACUUAGUUACCCAAAAGGAAAAAACUAUCCUCUAUAUGGAAAAUCAAGUUAAGGAAUAUAGUGAAAAGCAGGAAGCUUUGCAAAAGAAAUUUGCAUUACUAGAAACCGAAAAUUCCCAAUUAAACAACAGAAUAUUAUUGCUGAAGAAGGAGAACAGUACGUUAAGCUCUAACGUCAAUAAGAAUAGUUCCAUGUAUGAGAAUUAUGUCAAAGAGAAUGGUAAAUUAACAGAAAGAAUAUCCAUCUUACAAGAAAAGUACAAUGCUUUGGAGGAUCUCAAAUCAAAUUCUAGUGACCAAGUGCACUCCAUAAAGAGACAAUGUGAGGAGUUGAACCUGAAAUUGAAAGAGUCUUCAAAGAAAAUCAGAUCCCUCGAAGAAGAGAUAAAUGACUACACGAAUAUUAUCCAAGACAAAACAAGAGAGUCAGAGACAAUGAGAAGGUUAUUGAAUGAUGCUUUAAAUGACAACUCAAAUAAAGGUAACGAUUAUGAAACCAAGAUUCAAGCAAUAAUUGAAGAAAAAGAGAAUCUACAAAACCAAUUAAGUCUUCAGUCAUCAAAGCAGAACGUGGAAUUUCAAAAUUUAACAAAUACUAAUCAUCAACUAACAAUCGAACUUAAUAAUUUAAAGUUGAAGGAAAAAUCAUUAAAUGAAGAGGUUGAGCAAUUGAAAAGGUCUAACGCAAGUUAUAAACGCAAAGAUGAAAUUGAUAACGAGAAUACUGAGGACUUUAAUAAAGUAAAGAAGAACUUGAAGGAUUUAUUGUCAAAAUCAGAUGGUAAGAUUCAUGACUUACAAUUGAAUAAUGACGAAUUGUUAUCCCUAAAUAAUGAUUUGAAUAAGAAACUUGAAAGAUUGACGAAAAACUAUAAGGUUCUCUCAAAUCAAUUAAACACACUAAAAGAGAAUUCCGUCACAACAAGGCCUGAUAGAUCCGGUUCUGUUAGUUCACAGUUGUCCAAUAGUAACUCAAUCUCUACAACUAGCAUUACUGUCCCUGAACCAAUACCUCGUUCUUCAUCUUCAUCUAAGGAUAUCUCAACCAUGAAGGAAAUUAACAGUUCUGAUAGUAUAACAGGGACGCAAUCACAAAACGAAAAACUUGCAUAUGUGAAAAACGUGUUGUUAGGAUUUUUGGAACACAAGGAACAAAGAAAUCAAUUGUUACCUGUAAUUUCUAUGUUGCUACAAUUUGAUAGUAAUGAUGAAAAGAGGUUAGUAAUGGCAUUAAGAUAG